AUGCACAGUACUCAACGAACAGAAACAAUUGAGCAGGUGCCCAACGAACGCGAGCCGCCAUCUACGAAUCAACGACGAACGCUAGACCGUCUAUUCGAAAAGACAAUUUCGGUAAAAGUGCCGACUCUAACCGCUACAAACAGAGAUGCAUAUAUUUCUGAUAUCGUGAACGUUCAAAGUUUGUUGAACAUCCGUUCUUCUGAAUAUGUUUCGCGUAAGCGUUUUAGUAGCAAUUCAUUUCAAGAUCGAGUGAUUAUUAAUGUGUGCGGUGAUCGAUAUGAGACACAUCGAUCGACAUUGGAGCUUUAUCCUAAUACGCUAUUGGGCAAUCGCAAACGUCGAAAAUAUUUUUACGAUAAAAUUCGAAACGAAUACUUUUUCGAUCGUAAUCGCGCUUGUUUCGAAGCUAUUCUGUAUUAUUAUCAAUCACAUGGCCGCUUACGACGACCAAAUUAUGUUCCUAUUGAUAUUUUUCUCGAAGAAGUGACGUUUUUUCAGUUAGGUCAGGCAGCAGUCGAUCAAUUGCGUAAAGAUGAGAACAUCAAAGAAGUUAAGAAGAUUCGUCUACCAAAAAACCGCUUUCGACGGCAUUUAUGGGCGAUAAUGGAGUAUCCUGACUACUCUAAUCUUGCUAAAUUUGUCAAUAUUUUCUCAUUAUUCAUGAUUCUCACAUCAACGAUCGGUCUGGCCGUCGAAACUCUCCCUCAGUACGCCAAUAUGGAUACAACUUCUUGUGAAAGACUAAAACAAUACUUGACAACUCCAAUCUAUUCGAAUGAGACAAAUGACACAAGCAGCACGUCUAUGUAUUGUGAUGGUUAUUUCUCUACACCGUUUUUUUAUCUUCAGACUGUUUGUGUCGCCUUUUUUACUAUUGAACUCAUCCUUCGUCUCAUCAGUACACCAUCGCUGAUCACCUACAUAAAAAAUAUCAUGAAUUGGGUGGACAUUCUUGCCGUAAUUCCAUAUUAUGUCUCAAUUAUUGUACAUUUGAUUGGUAAAAGUAAUGAUGCAUAUACGACGACAUAUACUGCGCUACGUCUUAUACGUAUUAUACGUUUCAUUCGAAUCUUUAAGUUUUACCGUGUCUUUCGAAAUAUCAAAUCUUUACGUGUAUUAACUUCGACAGUUAAACAAUCGAUCCCUGAUUUUCUCAUUAUGAUCAUCAUUUUGACAUUGUUGAGUUUUCUCUUUGGCUCAGCAGCUUAUUUUGCUGAAACUGACACGAAUGGCGCCGCAUUUGACUCAAUCUUAAAGGCAACAUACUGGGGCGUGAUAACUAUCACAAGUGUUGGAUAUGGCGAUAUCUACCCAAUUACACCUGUAGGUAGAGUUAUUGCGUGCUUGUGUUCGCUAUUCGGAGCAGCGACUAUUGGUAUGUUGGUAUCGGUGUUAGUCGAUCGAUAUCAACGUGUUUAUGCUCGAAAAUUGUAUAUUAAUGAGGAAAUUGUCAAGUUCGAGGACUUAUCCGAAGAUGAAACCAAUGAUCAUGUAUCGCGGACUAACUCGCGGCGGUAUCGUCAACAGAGUCAAACAAAAGACAUCGAAAAUCCAGACGCCAGGGCAAUGGAAAACGCUGCAUUCGAAAAGGAAAACAGUCGUCCCAGCGUGCCGGAUAUCAUAGUGUCAACUAACGUGGAGGAAAAUGUAACAGAUUUAAUCCCUCGUAAUAAUAGUCGCGUUCAUUUUAUCAUCGGCUAUGUUGAUGACGAUAAACAUGAAGCAUCACUUGAUCUAUUGGAAACAAUCGGCUCAGUUGUUGCCCAAAAACAAGCAACGGGUGAAAAUAUUCAGUUAAAUAUUAUGCAAGACAAGCCAUCGCAGUCACCGCAACAAAGAUCUCCGUACGAUGUGAAAUUUAGAAUUUCAUUAACUUCGACAGAUGAUUCCGACGAAGAGGAAGAGUUAACUGAAAUCAUUACUGGUUGUAGUAGUAAACGAGGUGUUUUGAAAAAAUUUCAAGCACCUCCAUCGCCAUCGGAUGAAAAGUGUUGA